CGCAUGCUUGUCACACAGCCCGGACUUGCAUAUUAAAGACAUUCAUUUAUCCCAUAACUUUUUAGAAAGAAGCGCAGUUCCUGUCAACCAGACGGGAGUCCAUCCGCUGACUACAGUGACUACUUGCAUCAAAGGUUCUGAUCGCUGUGAUCCCAGUCACUGACUGGACGCAUCACCACCUUACCAGUCUUCAGAGAACACUCCUUUCCAUCCGACGAAAUGAUAGAACCCUCUGAAGACUCAUUUGAGACGAUGAUGGAGCGUAAGAAUCCAUCAUCAAAACAAAUGGAGUCCUCUGAGGGCUCAUCCAACACCACCAUGGAGAUAGAAGGCGGAGUACAGGAGGCGGCGGGGCCGGCUCAAGGCCCAGCCCAGGAAAUGGGAGAGCUGCCCAUUGACCUCCUCCAAGACAUGGAGGAGCCAUCCAGUGGCCAACAUAGUGAAAUAAAGGAUCCACCCAAUGACCUACUCCAAGACCUGGAGGAGUCAUGCAAGGCUUCCCGUCAGGAAGUGGGGGAUCCCAUCGGUGAGGCGCCUGGUGAGAUGGAAGAAGCAUCAGUCAAUGAGGGAGAGCUGGACGAAGAAGACGACGACACUGACCUAAGUGAAGACGAGGAGGAGGAGGAGGAGGAGCCCGGUGAGUUGGAAUUAAGGGGCAGGGUCAGCUCCUUCACCUCUAUGUACUUCUGGAUGCAAGACCUCAAAGAGCAGCAAAAAAUAGCAAUAGAGAUCCUGAUGAAAGCGAUCAGAAUAGGCCGCGUGCCAGAACCGCAAAUCUUCUCGGGCGAUCGAAGAGAUUACCCGGAGUUCUUCGUGCACUGCCACAUGAUCAUACAAGGCUACCCAAGAAAGUUCCGCAACGACCGCCGGCGAGUGAGGUUCGUCAUCAGUCACCUCUCAGACACGGCCCUCGAAUGGGCCCAAAAUCUGAAGCGGCAAAGAAGCCCCCUGCUUACCAACUACCCAGCCUUCAUGGAGGCCAUGACAAACAUGUUCCAUUACAAGGAGGAACUGCGUGUGGCAGAAGACACCAUGCUCAACAUCACGCAAGGGGAUCGCGCCGCCAUUGACUACAUCGACGAGUUCCGGGAGCUGGUACCCACCUUGGGUUGGCCAGACGAAGUCCUGCAGGCCCACCUGUGCCUGGGGCUCAACGAGGAGAUCAGGCAGUAUCUGUUCCAGCUCCCUCAGCCAGAUUCGCUGGACAGUCUGAUGGCCCUCGUCCUGCAGAUAGAAGAGAACCUGGCAGAGAGAAAGGCCAUGCUCAGGAUGCGUCCAGAGACCCACUCUCGGAACCUGGCCAAGAUGGACUCACCUGCUCCGGAGAAGUGGCCGGUCAGCAGCUGGCUGACCUACGAAAUCCAGCCCGAUAUCGAUCGCAGGCACGUCUUCCUGCUGCUCAUGGUGAGAGUGAACCCUUACCACAGUGUCGCGGUCCAGGCGCUGGUGGACUCGGGGGCAAGCUCCAACUUCAUGGAUGAGAGAUUUGCCCAAGAGCACUACGUUGAGUUGUUCGAGAAGCCCUACCCACAGUCCAUCCACACCAUGGAUGGCUCCCUGAUUGGCAACGAGCCCGUUUGGCUGCACACCGAGCCUCUGGUAUGCUUUCAUCAGAACCACCAUGAGCUUAUUGAAUUCGACAUCGUUCCUUCACCCAACUUCUCCGUGGUCCUGGGCAUCAACUGGCUCCGAGUCCACUCCCCCGAUAUCGACUGGGCCAGAGGCCGCUGCACCUUCCACUCUCCCUACUGCCUGAAGAACUGCUUCAGCCCACUCCCACCAUCGACCACACUCGAGAGACAUGCCAUAAGCCUGCUGCCCGGACUGUUGCCCCAGUAUUCCGACCUUGCCGACGUGUUCAACCCGAAGAAAGCAGAUGAUGAGACUUCCGACCAGCCAAGCUCAGACGGAUCCGAUGAUCUUUCUGAAUCAGAGCCCUCUGAGCUUCAGCAGGCUGGAGACAGUGAUCACAGCAACACCGCCGACACGUGUCCCUCUGUGGCUCCUCCGGAACCUGUGGGUGCUGGGAUGCAAGAAACAGCCAGGCUGGGGAAUGAAGAGGAGGAAUCGCAGGAGGAUAAACAGAUAAUUCCAGAACUGUUCCAACAGUUACAUGGAGCUACGUGGUUCACAAGGCUGGAGCUGCGUGGGAGCAUUGUGGAGGAAGGCAAGAAAAAGGCAGCAGAAGAGCUAUGGAAAGUAGCGUUUGGUUUGGAGCUUCAAAAGAAGACAAGCUAUCAGCCCUUUGAGAUCUGCUCAGACCCUCUCAUCCCUCAGAGCGUAAUGCACUGCAUCCUGAAAGACCUGCUGGGCAAAUGUGUGCUCUCCUACGGGAAUGAGGUCGUGAUCUACUCAAUGAGCCAGGAGGCGCACCUCCGGCACAUCCGCCAAGUCCUGGUCCGCUUCCGACACCACCACGUCUACUGCUCACUGGACAGGAGCCAGUUCCACCAACACACUGUCGAAUUCAUGGGCUUUGUCCUGACCCCCAAAGGGGUGAGGCUGAACAAGAGCGUCGUGAAGACCAUCAGGGAUUACCCGAUCCCUCUCUCGAAGGAGUCCCUGCAAAACCUGAUGGAACUGAUGUCCCCCUACUGCCACUUCGUGGAGCGCUUCGCUGCCAUCACGGAGCCCCUGCGGCGGCAGCUGCUGACCACCAACCCCUUCCACUGGGGUGACGAGGAGCAGGAGGCCUUUGAAAGCGUGAAGCGGGCUUUCCGCAAGGCACCCCUCCUCCAUCACCCGAAGCGCCACAAGCAGUUCUACUUGGACACAGGAGUCAACAUGACCGCUCUGUAUGCCUCCCUCAUGCAAGUUGAUGAGCAAACCGGCAAAAGAGUGUUCUGUGCUUUCUUCUCCCGCGACCUCUCUCCUGAGGAGGCCAACUCCUCUCCGCUGAGGAUGAAGACUAUUGCGAUUAAGGCUGCCUUGGAUGUGUGGUCUUGCUACCUGGAGAGCACCGAGGAGCCCAUCAUGAUCCUUCUCAAUACAGAGGAUCUAGCCUCCCUGAAUAAUGACAGGCUCACCGUAAUUCUCCCGGGGCAGUGGGCCAAGUUCUUCGGCCGCUUCCAUUGCGAUGUCAUGGAGAGGCCCGAACAAGAUGGCAGCAGUUCUCUGCCGCUGCAGAACCCCAACCGUGGGCCUCUCCGGGCCCACAUUGCCACCCGGGCCCGCACUGCCACCCGGGCCCACACUGCCACCCAGACCCACACUGACACCCGGGCCCUCACUGACACCCGGGCCCUCGCUGACACCCGGGCCCUCACUGCCACCCGGGCCCUCACUGACACCCGGGCCCUCAUCGACACCCGGGCCCUCACUGACACCCAGACCCACUCUGACACCCGGGCCCUCGCUGACAUCCGGGCCCUCACUGACAACCGGGCCCUUGCUGACACCCGGGCCCGCACUGACACCUGGGCUCUGAGUCCUGUCACCACAGAAGGGUCCCUCAGGGAUCAACUCCCAGAACUAGGGGAACAAAAGGAGAAUGAACAUGUACCUCCCCAGGAAGAGCCAAGUAGGCAGAGCCAACAGCAAGAGGCCCUGACUCCGUUACAAAUGGACCAAAUACUCAGCAACCUCCUUGUCCAUCUCAACAUGGACCAGAUGAGGAGCCUCUUUCUGCACUUCUUCCGAGACCUGCAUAUCAGUCAGGAAGCCCUGGCCCCCAUGGCCGUGCUGGCAAUACUGAAGAUGAAGCAGCACCUCCCGCUGCUGCCCGCACCCACUCUGGAAGUGGCACUACUGCCAGCCACGCGCUCCCUGCGCCUCAUUCUGGACUCGUCCCUCCUCACAAACCAUGGCAUUGCCACGGCCAUCACCCAGCUGCUGACCCAGAUGCCCCCUCUCGUGGGCACUGUCACCAUCCGGGCUGAGGAACAGGCCGAACAGAGGGCCCUGCUGCCCCAGGGCUCCCGGGUCCUACCCCUCCCAUCUGAGUUCUGGACAAUGCUGUGCGAGCGCUUUUGUGUCAGAGUCGCUCCCAGAGAAAGAUCCCAGCCCCUCCUGCACGGGAGGAGCCACUACCUGGAGCUGCACGUCAUCGGUAGUGAUGUCGUCUUGCGAGAAGCCCUGCAAGACGACCUGCAACGUUACCGUCAGUGUGGCCUGCAUGACGGCCUGCAAGACACCUCGCAGGACGCGCAGGCGGAUGACGACGUGCAGGAGGACGGCGCACAAGGGGUCCAGGCGGAGGAAGCUAACGAGGGAGGGGACGAAGAGAAAGAGGACCAGAUGCAGGAGGCUGCGGCGGCCGACCCCGCCCCUACCGCCCCAGCCCCACCACGGGCCUCUGGUGGAAUCCUGGACUCCCUGUAUAGACAGUUGUAUGGGGACCGAGAUCAACCCAAUCUGCCUCAUCAGGACCCUGCGGCCAGGAGCCUGGCCCACUUCCUGGCCAUGAUCUGCGCAGAGGAUCCAGUCCCCCUCCGAGGCAGACAGGCCAGGGGCGGAGCAAGGCUAGAGGAGCUCCCUGAGGGUGAUGAGGACUCGGACCAUAACUGAAAACACUUCCUCACCAGCAACAAACCCUCCACUCCUCUGCGCCAGGCACCCAACACAACCUCCGCUCAGCCUCCCUGUGCCUCAGUCUGCUUCGCUCGGACCCAGCGCUCCUCCUGCCACUCCUGACUCAAGGGGAACCCACUCAAGAAGAGCCAUGAUCUCUUCCACUCAUCAACCAGCAACAUCUACAGUGCCAACAGACUAGCCAGUCAUCAGAGACCCAGAGCCAGCUCAGGGCUACACAUUCCUUCCGUCUUAAUUCUCCAGGUCCCAGGCCCACCACUGGGAGUGAGAUCAAUGAUAGGAGAAAGCAGUGAUGAGCAGAAAUGACCCCAUGACCCCAGGCCAGGUGAGGAAUCGGGCACAGCAGAAGCAGCCAAGCAAGCAGAUGCCAGAGACCCACCCCGCUGACGUGGCAACAUGGCCACCUUGUGCCAUCCUGGGACACUGACCUCGGGUGCUCCACUGACUUCUACCUCCAGCUCCGGUGCUCCUGCUCCCCUGGACCCGACCCCACUCCCACAUCUUCACGUGCUGUGGUGCCGUCCCCAUCCCACCCCCACCACCCCCUGCAAAGCGAGCCACCCCCACAGUCUGGUCCAGCCCAUUCCGCACUCACUGCCUGACCCUGACUCUGCCUCUUACCUGGACACUGUGCUCCACGGAACGUCCCAUCGCACCAGUACUUACCGGGCUUGCAACCUUGAGAGUCCCCCUGACUCCACAGGACACUGAGGGCUCCCAAACCCCCUCCCAGCACUGACAGCACAGGGGGCUCCAAAAGAGACUGAGGACAUGUGAGACCCCCAGAGCCUGUGCUGAGUUGCUGAGAGCGUUCCUACCAGACCACCGCUUUCUGCCACGGGGAUGAGACCCUUCCCUGCAUGUCCCCCCAUUCUACCCCAAAAUAAAGCAGAAGAAAAGAUUAUCCGACUUUGUGAUUUGUUCUGAAGGUAGAGAGUGGGGGGGCAGACAGGAUAGAGGAGGGGGGAGGCGAGGAGAGGGGAGAUGGUAGGGCGGAACUCCCCACUGAAACAGGCCCUGCCUGGCGCCUGGCACACAAUCCAGGAAGGGGGAACACUGGGAAUGCCUCUUCUUGAGGGCCCAGAGUAGGGACCCCAGAAACCCAAGUCCUACCUCUGGCCUGGGCCUUCCUCCCCCACGAGAAAUGAGGGGUGGGCAGGUUGGACUCUGCCUCCUAAUUCAGGGUCUGAGAACCAAGGAACCGCAGUUUCUAACUCUCCCCCGACUGUCCCCCACCAAUGGAGAAAGCCAAGGUCCUCACACUGCCCUAAAGUGGCAAAAUGGCUCGUGGGAGAGUGCACAGCCCUGAGAAGGGGGAGGGUCCCACGGGAUAAGUGCAGUGUGGGGGGAGGGGAGGCUGGAGGGAGGCGCACUGGCUCCCUCAGCGCUCACUCAUGCCACCAUCCCACACUUGCUCACCCAGGGCCCCCUGCCUGGCCUUGGGGUCCCCCCACCCAGCAGCAGCUUCAGACCUCGAUGAGCACCCCUGCCCCACCCUGCACAGGGACCACUCCUGGCCUGACCCAGAGCUGCAGCUGGGCCUGUGGGCCUGGCACCCAGGGCUGUCCCCUCAGCACAAGAAUCUCCCCUGAAGGCACUCCCUUGAGGUCACCAAGCAGACCUCAGGGUCAUAGGUCAGGGGCUCUCCAGGGUCCUCACUUCCCAUCCCCCUGGCAAGCCUACCCCUCCCCACUCACCCUAAGGAAAGCCACAUCCUCUACUGACCCCCGACUUCCGAGCCCUCCACAUUCCACACUGGCCUCAUGCCCUACGGCCUCCCUGGUCCCCAAGGGUGACUGGCCUUCACGCACCCGUCCAUCUGUUCUAGGCAUCUAGCCCUGAUGGCAGCACCAGGAGAUCAUGGUCAGGGUCUCCAGGUUUAGAGCCAGGGCCUCUGCUCUAUCUCUGGGCCUGUCCCCACCCCAACCAGUCCCAGGCUGACUGGCUGCACACCCCUCUCACAGGUUCAGUUUCCUUGUCCGGGAUUGGGAUAUGGCAAGAGAGAAGGCGAGUGUAAGGGGCAACAAGACACAAUCUCCAAGGGCCCUUGGCUCCUAAAAUCCCAUCUGUUCCCAGAUGACACUCUUCCGGGGCUCACAUCCCUUGGUGUGAAUUCUCUUGGGCCAGAGCCUGGGGUCAUGGUGAGGAGGCCACUCCCAGCACUGGGGACUUGUUCAGGCAGGCCUUGGGGUACCAGAGAGUGGACCCCCAGGGCAAACCUACAUGCCUACUUGGUAGGGGCUGUCCUGAGUGGCUGGGGGGUGGAUGGAUGGCACCUCGUGUCCCUGCAGCCCAGGUCAGUGUUGGAGGAGGGUCAACGGGACCACUCCUUAGUUAAGGCCAAAGGGAUAAUUUGUCACCAAUCAAUCAGACCUGUCCUUCAGUGGGGAGUCCCAAUACCCACUAUGGUGCACGUGUUUUCCACAGUGACACGCACGUGUGCGUGCACACACAGGGAGACCAGUGGGGCUGCCAGCACAGAAGUGGCCAUGGCCUCCUACACCACCUGACAGGGAAGUAAGUCCUGGCCGUCCUGGGUCCCACCAAAUCCAACCAGAGGGGCUUUCUCCCGACUCACAGAGAACAGAGGCAGCCCCCGGGGCUGAGGACGGCUGAAAAGGCAAAGACAUUGGGUGAUGAGGUCCCCACUUUCUAGAAACAGUUAAACACACAUACAAUACAAACCUUUUUUUACUCCUGAAACAAAAAAGAAAGAAAAUUCAUAUUAAAUGACAUACUGGGCUUUGAUAUCAUGGCCACCACAAAAAAAUAAAAUAAAAACUCAAGACAAGCAUCUGAUUACUCUGGACAACAGGUGCCCAGCACAUAGGCCAGUGGCCAUGCUAGACCAUGCCCCAAUGCACCAUGUCCACCUUCCCCAGCCGCCAGAUUUCUGGCAUCCACCAAGCUCUGACACCAUCUGAGAGACCAGGGGGACCCCUGAGUUCCACCCCAGAUGAGGCUGUUGACCUAUUCCCACCUCAGCCCACCCCUGCCAUCAGGCAGCUGAUGGUACUCACCUCUCAGAUCCGGAUUUGCCCAUCCUUCCUUCAAGUGGCCACUGGUCCAAUUAGGGGCUCCGUGUGAGAGGUGUGGCAGGAGCUCUGGAAGCUUGAAACCCCCUCCCCGCCCACCGGGGCAGCCCUGCCCCACUCCUCGAGGGGGAAAGAAGAAACGACAGACAGAGCCCAUCUCUCACCCCCACCCCCAACCACCCAGGCCCCUGCUGCUGGCUGAUGGGCAUCACCAAGAGGGGAUGGUGGACCCAAACAGCAGCCCUCAUCCUGACCCCUGACAAGGUCUCCCAGAACAAACAGGAUUUGUUCCUGAUGUGCCUUCCACCUACAACAUCGCACAGCCACCCGGCAGAGAACCCAGGCCUCCACAGGGGUCAGUUUAGUUCUGCAAAAAGGAAACUUAGAAGAGAGAGGCCCGCCUGCCACACACUGUCCACUCCUCUUUUUAUAUCAAAAAGCGUCACUGAGUGGGGUAAAGGCCUGUCCUGAGCUGACAGCAUUCCAUGAUGGCACCUCCAUUCCCUUUGUCACACACACACACACACACACACACACACACACACACACGUCUUGCUCCAACCCACUCACCCAACAAAUGCACACACCACACACUCCCACUGCCCCACGAGGUCACCCAGCCUUUGUGCAAGCUGUGUCCUCAGGAAGGUCUUCCCGAAGCAACAACCACCUCCUGAUGCCAUGAAGAACCAAAGUUGCAAAGGUGAGGAGGGGGCACGGGAGAGGGGGUGCGGAGGAGGCAGGGGAGGAGAGAGCGAGGGGGGUAGGGCAGGAAAGGAGGCGGGAGCCAUGACCCCUGUCCUACUGUAAGGGCCCUCCCUGCCCUCCUCCCACGCAUGUGCCUGGGCUGGCUGCAUGGCUGGUUAGUGGGUUAAGGAUGCCACUAGCCCAGGGGAUGAGCACAGGUUACCUCCCACCAGGUACCCGAGAUAGUGAGGGACACAAAAGACAGAGGCCAUGGCCCAGGGGGACACUGGUCUUGCGCCCUUUGGGCACCCAGACUGGGCAGGGCUGGGCAAGAGCGAAAGCAGGGCACCUGUUGGCAGCUUUCGUCUGAGGGAGGGGACACAGAGCUGGGAGUCCUGGGGAGGCCGGGACUGUCUCCAGACUGGGUUCCAGGAGAGAGGAAGCAGCCGCCUGUGAGGGCCCUCAGCCUCCUGGUCAUGGAAGAGUCCUGGGUAGAGGCUAAGGCCCCUCAAGGAGACCCUCCUCCUGUGACAGCGAAGGGUCAGUCUGCUCAGAGCCCCGCCCCCCUCCCCAGUCCUGGGAACAAUGGACACGGUCUCCCCAACACCUGCCCCUCUUUCCUGGGAGCUGGAUCCCCUCAGAGGGCUCCCUACGAAAGCACAGCACAGCCCUGUCGGUGGGAGAAGCCCUGCUCUACAACUGGCCUGUCUGCUCUUAGCCACCAAGUCAGAGGGUGGCUCUGGGCCCAGCCCUGGGGAGUGUCCCACUGGGGGUAUAGCCUUUCCCUCCAAUGAUGGGGUCUCAGAGAUGGCCCAGCCCCAGGCACCCCUCCAGGAUCUCGGGGAGCUGCAGAAGAGAAAGAAAAGAGCAUGCUGGGAAGAGACUGGCAGGGCAGCACAAGCGUGAGGGCGUGACCCAUGCAGCCAGGGGUGCAGAGGAGGGUCCGGGGCUGCGCUGGUUGAAGGGGAUGAAGAAAGGCAUCAUCUAGGCGCUGGAUAACUGGGCAUCAACUCCUGGAUGAAGCCGUUCUCACCCCCCACUUACUGACUGUGGCCGCGACCCUCCUCCAGGAAGCACAAUGCAAGCGCCAUGAUAGCAGGUAGGACACCUGCUGCUAGCGGUUAGAGGAGCGACAGCAAGGGACAGCCAGCCCAGGUAGCGUGGCAUGCCACUGGGGACCUGUGGCACAGUUGUGCAACCCACCUCGCCCUGCCGCUCCCUCUGCUGGCCAGGGCCUGGAUUUCCAAGAGAAGCCCAGGAGACUGUGGAGAGGGGCCAGAUUGCAGAGGUGGGAGAAAUGGGGGGGAGCGGGGGAGCAUGCCUGAUGCUGGCGCAGAAGCUGUGAGUGACAUCAGAGGUCUGAUCCCAUCCCAUCUGCCUCACCUUCUAUGUCUGCAGUGGGGCUCAGCGGGCACUUCUGGGAGCCUGGGAGGAGUCAUUGAGCCCCACGGGAGCUGUCUCCCCCAGACAGAAAGCGGAUGAGGGGCUGGCUAGGGUUGGGGGAGCAGGGAUGGGAGCAUGGGCAGGAGAGCUCAAGCCUGUGGGGUUUCUUAUAGGGGUGAUGAAAAUGUUCUAAAGUCAAAUGUGUGCAUGGUCACACAUACCUGUGCAUGUAUUAAAAACUAUUGAAUUGUGCACUUUAGUGGUUGGAUUAUAUGUUUGUAGAGAUCCCAAUAAAAUGUUGUCUUAAAAAAAAAAAAGAGCUUCCUUUUUUCCUGCACAUAUUUCUUGCCCACUAUGUCCACCUUCCCCUGUGAUGGGCCUCACAGUGAACUCACUCACCAACACCACAUUCGCACAGCCUGCCUCAUGGUCGGAGGCCAGUAACUAUCAAAGGCCCUAAGGAGAACUGGGCGUGGAAGCGGGAAAGGGUACACAGAUGAGGAGGUCCAUGUGAUACAUGGGUUGGGGAAGGGCUCCGUGUGACACAUGGGUGGGGGAGUGGAUCCAUGUGACACAUGGGUGGGGAGGAAUUUAGCAGGACACUAAGUGAGGGGCCUCAGUAUGACACAUGGGUAGAGGAGGAAAUCCAUGCAACACGUGAGUGGGGGAGGGGCUCCAUGUGACAAAUGAGUGGGAGAAGGACUCAGUGUGACACCUAAGUGUGAUACAUAGUGAAGGGCUCAGUUACACAUGGAUGAAGGACGUGCUGUAUGAGACAUAUGAGUGAGGGACUCUAUGUGACAGGUGCAUUUCAAGGGCUCUGUGACACAUAAGUGGGAAAAGGGGGUCAGUGUGUCUAUGUGGGACAGGAGAGGAGGAGAGACUCUAUGUGACACAUGAGUGAGUGAGAGCCUUAGUAUGACACAUGAGUGGGGGAAGUGCUCAGUGUAACACAUGGGUUGGGGAGAAAUUGGAUGUGGUACAUCGUGGGGGGUACAUGUGACAUUAAGUGAGAGAAGAGUUCAUUGUGACACAUGGAUGCAGGAGGUGCUCCAUGUGAAACAUGCAAGGAGAAAAGAUUCUAUGUGACACAUGAGUAGAAGAGGGGACCAGUAUGGCCCACAGGACUGACAGAAAACCAGUGUUGUACAUUAGUUUGACAGAGGCUCAGUGCAACACAUGAUUAGUGGAAGGGCUCAGUGUGACAUAUUAGUGUAAGAGGGGCUCAAUGUGACACACAAGUGGGAAAGGGCUCAGUAUGACACAUGGGUUUUACAGGAGUCAGUGUGACCUAUGAGUAGUGGAGGGGCUAGGUGUGACACCUGAGGAAGGGCUCAGUGUGACAUAUAAGUGGAGGAGGGAUCAGAUGACACAUGAAUAGAGGAGAAGCAUAGUGUGACACAUGAGGAGAAUAGAAGCUAAAUGUGACUUAUGAGUAGAGUAGGAGCUCAGUGUGUCACAUGAUUAGAAGAGGGCCUCGGUGAGACAUAGAAGUGGAGGAAGAGCUCAGUGUGACAUAAAAGUGGAGAAGUUCGGUAUGACAUGUGAGUGGCGGAGGAGCUCAGUGUGACCUAAGAAUAAAGAAGGAGCACAGUAUGACAUAUGAAUAGAGAAGGGGUUCACUGUAACACAUGAGUAGAGGAGGAGCUCAGUAUAACACGCAUGAAGUAAGAGUUCAGUGUGAAACAUGAGUAGAGGAGGAGCUUAAUUUGACACCUAAGAGGAGGGGCUCAGUGUGACAGUGUGACAAAUGAGUAAAGGAGAAGCUCAGUGGGACAUGAGCAGAGGAGGGGCUCAGAGUGACAUAUGAGCAGAGGAGAGACUCAGUGUAACACAUGAGUAGAGGGGGAGCUCAGUAUGAUACACAAGCAGAGGAGAAUCUCAAUAGGCACAUGAGGAGCUCAGUGUGACACCUGAGUAGAGUGGCUCAGGGUGACAUAUGGGUAGAGGGCCUCAGUGCAACAUAUGAGCAUAGGCGGAGCUCAGUGUAACAUGUGAGUAGAGAAGGGGCUUAGUAUGAUAUAGGAGGAGCUCAGUGUGACACAUCAGUGAAGGAAGGGCUCAGUGUGAAACAUGAGUAGAACAGAAGCUCAAUGGGACACGUGAGUAGAGGAGGAGCUCAGUGUGAUACACGAGUAGAGGAGGGGCUCACUGUGACACAUGAGUAAAGGAGGAACUCGUGGUGACAUAUGAGUAGAGGAUGGGAUAGUGUGACAUAUGAGUAGAGGAGGAGCUCCCUGUGACACACGGGUGGAAGAGGAGCUAAGUGUGACACAUCAAUGAAGGAAGUGUAAAUGAGUAGAGCAGAAGCUCAAUGGGACACGUGAGUAGAAGCUGGCCUCCGUAUAAAACAUGAGUAGAGGGGGAGCUCAGUGUGACACACGAAUGGAGAAGGAGUUCGAUUAGACAUAAGAAUAGAGGAAGAGCUCAGUGUGACACGAGUAGAGGAGGGGCUCACUGUGACACAUGAGUAGAGGGGGAGCUCAGUAUAGCACAGCAGUGAAGGACGAGUCCAGUAUGACACAUGAGUGGAGGAGGAGCAAAGUGUGACAUGCGAGGAGAGGAGGAGCUCACUGUGAAAGAUGAGAAAGGAGGAACUCAGUGUGACAUAUGAGUGGAGGAGGAGCUAAGUGUGAAACAUGAGUACAGGAAAGACUGGAUAUAUGAGAGAAGGAGGAGCUUAGUAUGAUGCAUGAGUUAAGGAAAGGUUCAGUGUGACAUAUGAGUGGGGGUGAAGCUAAGUGUGACACAUGACUGAAGCAGAAGCUCAAUGUGAAACAUGAGUGGAGGAGGAGCUCAAUUUGACACAUGAGAAGAGGAGGAGCUCGGUGUGACAUAUGAGUGGAGGAGAGGUUCAGGGUGACAUAUAUAUAAGUAGAGGAAGGGAUCAUUGUGGCACAUGAGUAGAGGAGACGCUCACUGUAGAAGAUUGGCUAGUGUGACAUAUGAGUGGAGGAGUGGCUCAGUGUGACAUAUAUGUAGAAGAAGGGAUCGUUGUGGCACAUGAGUAGAGGAGAAGCUCAGUGUGACACAUGAGUAGAAGAUUGGCUAGUGUGACAUAUGAGUGGAGGAGAGGCUCAGUGUGACAUAUAUGUAGAAGGGACAUGAGUAGAGGAGACGCUCAGUGUGACACAUGAGUAAAGGAAUGUCUCUGUGACACAUGGGAUGAAGCUAAGUGUGACUUAUGAGUGGAAAAGUGCCUCAGUGUGACACAUGAGGAUAGGAGGUCCUCAGUGUGACAUUUGAGUGGCGUGGCUAAGUGUGACAUGAGUGGGGGUGGGGUAAAUAUUACAUGAGUAGAGAAGGGGUUCAAUAUGAUGCAUGAUUAGAGGAGGAGAUCAGUGUGACAUGAGUAGAGGAGGUACUCAGAAUGGCAUAUGAGUAGAGGAAGAGCCUAAUAUGACCUAAGAGUGAAGAAAGAGCUCAGUUGAAAAUAAAAGUAGAAGAACUCAGUAAGUGACAAAUGAGUAGAGUGGGAGAGCUCAGUGUGACACAUGAGUAGAGGAGGAGCUCAGAGUGACACAUGAGUAGAGAAGAGGCUCAAUAUGACACAGGAGUAGAGGAGGGGCUCAGUGUGACAUAUGAGUGGAGGAAGUGCUUAGUUUGACACAUAAGUAGAGUAGAAGCUCAGUGUGACAUAGUAGUGGAGGAAGAACUCAGUGUGACCUAAGAGUGGAGAAGUUCAGUAUGAUAUAUGGGUAGAAAAGGAGCUCAUGUGAAACAUGAGUAGAGGAGGAGCUCAAUAUAACACAUGAGUGAAGGGAGAGAUCAGUAUGACACGUGAGUUGAGAAGGGGCUAAGUGCGACACAUGAGGAGAGGAGGAGCUCAAUGGGACACAUGAGUAGAGGAGAAGCUCAGUGUGACACAUGAGUACAGGAAAGGCUCAGUGGACAUAUGAAAGGAGGAGCUCAGUAUGACAUAUGUACAAAGGGGGAGCUAAUGUGACACAUGAGUAGAGAAGAAGCUCAGUAUGACACAUGAGUGAAGCUGGGCCCAGCAUGGCAUUUCAGUGGAGGAGGAGCUCACUGUGACACAUGGGUAGAGGAGAGGCUUAGUGCAAUACGUGAAUAGAGGAGUACUUCAGUUGACAUAUGAGUAGAACAAGGUCUCUAAUACUGAGUAGAGAAGAAUUUCAAUGUGACACGUGAGUAGAGGAGAAUCUCAGUAUGACACAUGAAUGAAGGGCGGGCUCAGUGUGACAGCUGAAUAGAGGAGGGGCUUAAGGUGAUAUAUGAGUAGAGAAGGGGGUUCCUUUGACAGAUGAAUGGAGUGACAUAAGAGUGAAGGAAAAGCUCAGUGGGACAUAAGAAUGGAACAGUAGCUCAGUGUGACAUAUGAGUGGAGAAGGGGCUCAAUAUGACACGUGAGCGGAAGAUGGGCUCAGUAUGACACAAGUAGAGGAGAGGUUCAGUGUGACAUGAGGGGCUCAGUGUGACAUACCAACAGAUAAGGGUCUGAGUGUGACACAUGAGGGAAGGAGGAGCCCAGUGUGACACAUGAGCAAAGGAGGAGGUUAUUGUGACAGAUGAGUAGAGGAGGGGCUCAGUGUGACACAUGAGUGAAGGAGGAGCUCAAUAUGACACAUGAGUGGAAGAGAAGCUCAGUGUGACAUAAGUAGAGGAUCUCAGUGUGACACAUCAGUGAAGGAAGAACUCAGUGUGAAACAUGAGUAGAGGAGGGGCACAGUGUAGCAUAUGAGUGGAGGAGAGACUCAGGCCGACAUAUGAGUAGAGGAGGAGCUCAGUGUGGCAUAAGGAUAAAGGAAGAUCUCAGUCUACCAUAAGAAUGGAGAAGCUCAGUGUCUACCAUGCAUGUGUCUACUGGAGCCAAGUUCAUUCACUCUGGCUUGGGGCAUCUCUGAAGAGGCACGCUAGUGACUGAAUGGAUAACCCCAUGCAUCACCAUCGUGCCUACACUCCAUCCUAAUACAGUGACUGAACCAUGAAACUUGCCUUUGCUUCUUUUUACUUUUGCCUCUGUUUUUCCAUCUAUAAAAUGAGGCUCUCUUCCCCUUAGCUCUGUUUUUGAGUUACCGAGUUGAAAUAAAUGCAAAAACUCUU